AUGGACAAUGUGCCGGCUUUAAACUACCUCUCAUCAGAAAAAUACUUCUGUGUGGCAAAGAUGAGCAUUGGCUCCGGGGUGAUGUUUGUGUCCGUCUUUCAUCAGCUACUCAUUGCAGUCGAAAGAUACCUCAGGAUCUGUCGAAGCAUCCAGUAUAGAACGAUGUUUUCUAAGAAGAGGCUUGUUAUAAUUAUAAUUAUGACAUGGAUCUACAGUAUCGCUAUGAAUCUCCCUCCUUUGCUUGGUUGGAAUAAUUGGUCCCCUGAGAUAGAAUGCAGAACUCUUCGAGUUGUACCACAUCAUAAGCAGUUCGUUAUUGUACCACAUGCAGUAAUAUGCAUGUUGGCAGUGUUUGGGCUGUAUGUAGCUAUUUUGUGUUAUGUCGUAGAACAUAGAAAUCGAAUGAAGAAAUACGCUGCCAAGGAAAAGAAGAAGCAAGACGGCAAUAUCCAUCAGCAGACCCCAGCAUCUACAAGUAGUGAGAGAAUUUCAGAAAACUCGACCACUACAAGCAGUAUCAGUAACUUAGCUCUUGCCAUUUCGUCUGAGGAGUGCGCGGCAUCGGUUAAAACCACGGGACACUCUGCACGUUGCCGAGAGGAACACCAUGGAAACAAAGAUGUUCUUGUAAAACCAGAAGAGAGAGUCCUCCAUUCAAAGUCAACGAUUCAAUCUCCACCCAGUGCAAAACUUGCAGACAAAUCCGUUAAUGAAAUGGAAAUCAAGGUUGCAAUAAUGACAGCGAUAGUGGUAGGUACCUUCACGCUGCUCUACAUCCCCAAUGUUAUAAUGGUCAUUUGUGAGAAAUACUUCAACGAUAAAGUACUUUUUGGAAUCCUUUACAAUGUGACAGUCGAAUUAGCAUUCUUAAGUUCAGCUACCAAUCCUUUUAUUUACGGUUUAUUGAAUAAAGAAAUUAGAGAAGCAAUGUUGAACGUUGUUAAAAAGAGUAAGGCUAAGUGA